AUGACGUCAGCAUCAAAUAUUCUGGCACAGAUUGUUAUAACAAUAAGGAGCAAAAAGACAUUCAUUAUCCCGGUCUGCAAUGCACACGCACACAGGCACACGCACACAGGCACACGCACAGGCACACGCACACAGGCACACGCACACAGGCACACGCACACAGGCACACACACAGGCACACACACACAGGCAUACGAACACAGGCACACGAACACAGGCACACGAACACAGGCACACGCACACAGGCACACGCACACAGGCACGCACACAGGCACACGCACACAGGCACACGCGCACAGGCACACGCACACAGGCACACAGGCACACGCACACAGGCACACACACAGGCACACGCACACAGGCACACGCACACAGGCACACAGGCACACGCACACAGGCACACGCACACAGGCACACGCACACAGGCACACACACAGGCACACACACAGGCACACACACAGGCACACACACAGGUACACGCACACAGGCACAUGCACACAGGCACACACACAGGCAUACACACAGGCACACACACAGGUACACGCACACAGGCACACACACAGGCACACACACAGGCACACACACAGGCACACACACAGGUACACGCACACAGGCACAUGCACACAGGCACACACACAGGCACACACACAGGUACAUGCACACAGGCACACACACAGGCAUACACACAGGCACACACACAGGCACACACACAGGCACACACACAGGUACACGCACACAGGCACACACACACAGGCACACACACACACAGGCACACACACACAGGCACACGCACACAGGCACACACACAGGCACACGCACACAGGCACACACACAGGCACACGCACACAGGCAUACACACACAGGCACACACCUUUACUUAGCUAUCUGAAUGGGGACAUACCAUAUGCUUCUAUUGUUUAUAAAAGCUAA